ACGCGCUCCCAGGUGAUGAAAAAGACAAAAACUCGGUCGAAAAAUUUUAGCUUCCGAUCCGCUUCCGUGGCAAUGGAAAGAAAGGUGGGGAUCUAGGGGAUGAAUUGGCCCACAGAGUGAAAUAGCUAUUGCUUUGACGAGACAGUGCUUAAUAGUGGGAGCUGGACUGGAACUAUCUGCCUUUUCCAUCAAAGAACAAACGCGCUCUAAAAGAUGCCGGCAUAAGCAGCAAGAUGCAUAUGAAUAUUUAUUGUGAUAAACCAAAAAAGAGAAAUGUGUGCAUCUAUGCGAGUGUAAGAGAUCUAUUGGUAACUUUGUAUGUGGACAAGCUGUAUUUGGUGCUACGAGCGACUUGCAUGACCAGGUAACGAUCCCUGACUAAGAGCGUCCAUUGUUAGGUUUCAUUUGGGGGGUUUAUCCUGCCCCACCUGGUGCUCGCAAGUCACACCAAGGCACGGCUGCUUUUGAAAAUGGAAAAGACGAAGAGGAGCGGGCUCUCGAUCGAAAAGCAUGUCCAGCACGCCAUGAAUGCCAGCGAAACCGCCAACGAGGCCGACCCUGCAUCCCAUGCUGUUUCCACUGAACUGGAGCAUCGCGUAUUGACCAUCCUCAAUGUCAAAAAUCCGCUCGACUCGCCCGACUUUAACGCCACCGAGUUCAUCAAUCGCUUGUUUCCAAACGAGCAAUCGUUGGCAUCCGUUGAUCAUGUUUUGGACAAACUCGGGCGUAAAACUAAGGAUGGCCGUGCCGAAGCUGAGCGAUUGACGCACGCGCCAUCCAACUUUGACAGCGAAGGAGCCCACGAAUUACAGAAAGCCAAAGACGCCAUCCAAGAUCUGUUUCAAAAAAUCCAGGACAUCAAGUCGAAAGCGGCUCAGUCCGAAGCGAUGGUGCAGGAUAUCACGCAAGACGUCAAAUCUUUGGAUUACGCCAAACGGCAUCUUACCCAUUCCAUGACCGUGUUAAAACGACUUCAAAUGCUGGUGACAGCCGUGGAUCAACUGGAAACCAUGUCGCAAAACAAGCAAUACAAAGAGAGCGCUCAGUUACUGCAGGCAGUCAUGCAGCUCAUGUCUCACUUCAAGUCAUAUAAAAGCGUCCCUCAGAUCGGCGAGCUGUCCGAACGGAUUCAUACUCUGGAAAAGCGAUUGGAAAGAAACGUGAUUGAUGAGUUUGAGCAAGGACUUGAUACGGAAGGUCGACCACAAAACCAACAUUGGCUUUUGCAUGACGCUUGUUUAGUGGCGGACGUCCUAGGCGAUACGACAAAGGAAAAAAUCAUCAAGCGCUUUGUGGACCUGCAACUGUACGGCUAUCGUCAGAUCUUCCGUAGUUCGGAAGAGGUAUCGCAGAUCGAUAAUAUAUCACGACGGUAUGGGUUCCUGAAACGCAUAUUAAAAGCUUGUGACGAGGAGUACAGUGACAUCUUCCCGUCCGCCUGGGCUGUCAGCGGCCGCAUCAGUGAAAAAUUCUGUAUUUAUACCCGAACCGACAUCGAACAAGUGCUGUCUCUAGCCCAGCGCAUCGACGUCAAGGACUUGCUUCGAGCAUUACAGCUCACGCUGGAAUUCGAAUCACAAUUGAGCAAACGUUAUGAGAAACAUUACAAAUAUGAUGAAAGUGAUCAACGGCAACCCAUGUUCCGCUUCGAAAAAUCCAUUUCCGUUAGCUUCCAGCCUUAUUUGUGGGUUUACAUUGAAGCGGAAGACAAAACUCUGAAAUCAAUGAUCCAGUCUUAUAUUUCCUCUGAUAUGGUGGCGGAUGAAGAUGGAAGUAUUGUGGUGCUGCCGUCCAGUACCGAUCUUUUCUAUUUUUAUCGAGAAACACUCGUACAGUGUGCCAGGUUUUCCACGGGUAAAGCAUUUUGGGACCUGUGCCAAUUGUUUUCCAAGCAUUUACAGAAUUACUGCGACGAAAUCCUCCUGGGAGGGCUUACUUGCACCGAGUCCAAGUUGGGCACAUUGGAAUACUAUCGAUUUGCGAGUUUGGCACUCAAUACGGCCGAUUACUGUUGUAUCACGACGUCCCAACUUGAAGAAAAAUUAAAAGAGAAAAUCGAUGCUGAAUACAGGGAAAAGAUCGAUUUGCAAUCGGUCAAAGACGCCUUUAUGAGAACGGUUUCAUCGUGUGUGGAUGCCAUGGUGCGUAGCCUUGAUACCGGGAGUGAGACGCAAUUUCAACAAAUGAUGCGAUUACCGUGGAGCACUAUGGAUACGGUGGGAGAUCAGUCGGCGUAUGUCAGCCAACUGCAAGAAUCCAUGAAACGGUAUAUUACCAUGAUCGGGAAAACCGUUGCCAACCGUCGCUACUUUCGAACAUUUGGUGAUCGAUUUGUGGAAAUGUUCAUUAACAAAUACUUGUCGCAUGUAUUACGAUGUAAACCCAUCACCGAGAUUGGCGCAGAGCAGAUGUUGUUAGAUACCCAUGCCAUCAAAACGCUUCUGACGGAUAUUCCCUUGAUGGGAGCAGACCAACAAACCACUGUACCUGCAUCCUAUGGUAAACUGGUCAGUCGUGGUAUUUCCAAAAUCGAGACGCUACUUAAAACGGUCAUGACGCCUGUCGAUCCACCCGAGGGCUAUGUGGAAAGCUACAUCUUUUUGAUUGGCGAUAAAAGUAUCGCCAACUUUACACGUGUGCUGGAACUCAAGGGUCUGAAAAAGCCAGAUCAAGCUCCAUUGAUAGAUCUAUUUCAACGUCGGGCGACGCAACAUGCCGACUUAUUGGAGAGUUCGCCGGUGUUGGCCAUGAUCGAAUCUCAACCGUCUUCAUCUUCCUUGGUUUCCUCGAAUUUCCCCAAUGCCCUCAGCACGUCGCUCUCCACCAUCGCCACGUCCGCUUCCAAUUUCAACCCACAGACGUUGCCGUCGUUUGGCCGCAACGCUUUAUCGUCACCCUUCUCCCCCACGCUUGAUGGACCCGCUUCCUCCUCUUCACUGUCCCCUGCAGGCAGCAAGGCAGGCCGCUUAAAUGAAAACUUUAGAAAACUCGUCAUGACCGGCAUGGCAUUCCGAAAAGACUUGCAAGAACGAAGGGAGCAAAACCAGAAUGAAUAAAAACCCUAUUUUUUACACGUGGAACGCCCGGAGUCCAAAAAACCAAUCCUGCGUGCCAACCAAAUAAAAAAUAACAAAAGGAAAAAAAAAAAUCAAGGCAGUUU